UCCAGAAGUGAAAGUGUUUCUCCUUCAGCCUCGGGACCAUUUUGUUGUUGUUCGGAGAAAAUAAUAAAACUAAAGAAAAACUCCAACUCCAGGCAGAAGCGGUGAGAUGAAUGAAGCCCAGCAUGGAGUGCUGAGUAAAAGAGCCUCAUUUAUUCAACUCGUGAGUAAUUCAAGAGAUCAGUGUCUUCAGGAAUCAGCAGUGAGUCCAUGAGCUGUGUGUCCAUACGCUAAUAUUCAAAAAUGGAGAGCUGUGAUCUGGACACAGAUAAUGUGACCCCACCCUCAGAAAAGCGUGAACUCCAGAGAAAGAGAUCAGACUCCCCAGAACCCAGCUGUGUCUCCAUGAAGAGCGAUGCGUCUAUGGAUCCUCCUUUGGAGUUUAAAAAUAGAGACUCCUCACCUGUACACAGUGUUUUACAGAAGGCAGGAGACAGAAGAGAAAAGAUCUUCAUCACAGAUACAGGACACGCCCCAGAAUCUCCUGCUGUAAAUGAAUUCCAGAAAAAGUUCAGAUUAAAUCUGAAGGAGAAGUUUCAGUGUUUAAAUGGAGUGAUGAUAAAGCCAGAAACGCGAACGCUCCUGAAUGAGAUCUACACCGAGCUCUACAUCACAGAGGGAGACAGUGGAGACGUCAAUAAAGAACAUGAGGUGAGACGGAUCGAGGCAGCGUCCAGGAGAAAAACAACAGAGGAAACAUCAAUCAAAUGCAACGACAUCUUUAAGUCCUUAUCUGAAGAAGACGAACCCAUCAGAACUGUAGUGACAAAGGGAGUGGCUGGUAUCGGAAAAACAGUCUCUGUGCAGAAGUUCAUUGUGGACUGGGCUGAAGGGAAAGCAAAUCAGGACGUCCCCCUCAUAUUUCCACUUCCUUUCAGAGAGCUGAAUCUGAUGGAGGACCAAGAACGGAGUCUGCUGGAGCUCCUUCAUGUCUGUUUUAAGGAAACAAAAGAAACCGAAAUGUCCAGGAUGGAAAAGGUUCUGUUCAUUUUUGAUGGAUUGGACGAGUGUCGUUUCCCUCUGGAUUUCCAGAACACAGUGAGAGUGUGUGAUGUAACCGAAUCAGCAUCAGUGCGUGUGCUGCUGAUAAACCUGAUCAAAGGGGAUCUGCUUCCCUCUGCUCUCAUCUGGAUCACCUCCCGACCAGCAGCAGCUGAUCAAAUCCCCUCUGAGUACGUCCAUCGAGUCACAGAGGUACGAGGGUUCAAUGACCCCCAGAAGGAGGAGUACUUCAGGAAGAGGGUCAGUGAUCGGAGCCUGGCCGAGAACAUCAUCACACACCUGAAGUCAUUAAGAAGCCUCUACAUCAUGUGUCACAUCCCAGUCUUCUGCUGGAUUUCAGCCACUGUUCUCUCGAGAAUGUUGGGUGAAGCAGAGAGUGGAGAGAUCCCCAAGACUCUGACUCAAAUGUACACACACUUCCUCAUCAUUCAGACAAACGUCAUCAGAGAAAAAUACUCAAAGAAGCAGGAGAGUGAUGAUGAAAUGCUGCUGAAACUGGGAAAACUGGCUUUUGAGCAGCUGAAGAAAGGCAACCUGAUCUUCUAUGAGGAAGACCUGCGAGGGUAUGGCAUUGAUGUGACAGAAGCAGCAGUGUACUCAGGUGUGUGUACGCAGAUCUUCAGAGAGGAGCCUGGGCUUCACCAGAGUAAAGUGUACUGCUUUGUUCAUCUGAGCAUUCAGGAACAUCUCGCAGCUCUGUAUGUGCAUCUGACCUUCAUGAAGGAAAAGAGAAAUGUUCUUGAUCAGGAUAAUUCCUCUACAAGAAAAAUGUAUAAAAAAAUAAAAAAUGUUCUUGGUCAGAGUCAGUCCUUUCAGACAAUUUCAGAUGUACACAGGAGUGCUGUAGAUCAGACCUUAAAAAGUCAGACUGGACAUCUGGAUCUAUUCCUCCGCUUUCUUCUGGGUCUCUCACUGGAGUCCAAUCAGAAACUCUUACAUGCCUUAGUAACACAGACAGGAAGUAGCUUCCAGAGCAAAGAGGAAACAGUUCAGUACAUUAAGAAGAUGAUCAGUGGAGAUCUUCCUGCAGAAAAAUCCAUCAAUCUGUUCCACUGUCUGAAUGAACUGGGUGAUGAUUCUCUCGUGGAGGAAAUCCAACGCUACCUGAAAUCUGGGGAACAAAGUAAACUCUCUCCUUCACAGUGGUCUGCUCUGGCGUUUGUGUUACUGACUUCAGCACAGGAGCUGGAGGAGUUUGACCUGAGGAAAUAUACCAGUACAGAGAAGAUAACACAUGAGGUUCUUGUGAAGGUGAUGCCUGUGAUUGCAGCAUCCAGAAGAGCAGUCCAGGCUGCCUAGUGACAGGAAUCACCCGCCAAAUGACAAAUUAAGUCGCUUUGGGCGACCGGACCACCGCGAAUUUCAAGCCCUGAAGAGGAUGGGAACUUGGGAAGCAAGUGAACUAUAGUAAACACUGAAGUUCAGUGUUGCAGCUUGUGAUUUUAAUUUGAAAUAUGCUGCUUUUUGUUAUUGUUGUUUUUUACUGAAAAGAUGCCAAGUGUAC